AUGUCACAGUUAUGGCAAUCCUUGUCACGACAUGCUCCUACUCCCCUAAAGAGUCGUCUAGUCGGAGACCUUCCUCAAACGCAUGCACGCACAUUAUCAUCCCGUUCAAUUUCAUCACCAUCGCGUCCCCCCUUCCCAACAAUACCGACCUGUCCCGAUCCAACAUGUCCAUGUGCACCGACGCCGCCGAUGCCCGAGGGUCUACCAAUCGACCACUCGAGACCGCUGAAUGCGACCAUGGCGCCUUAUACACAGCAGGUCCUGAUUGCGACUGGACAAACGGACUGGAGUAGUCGAAUUGAGGAGGAUGGCGUCGAGAAAAGCUGGGGUAGUCUGGUGCGCGGGCUGAAGGAUAUGUUUGGUCGGGGAGGAAAAUAUGCUGAUCCAUACAAUAACCUGGCGGUUACGAACUCCUCUUUCAAGCCCACGGCACAGGCCUCAUCGCCGUUCGCAUCAGCCUUUCUCUUCCCAGCUUUCAAAUACGUACCCAAGAUCCCAAUUGCAACGAACACAGAUGCCAAAACCGAGUCGAAUCUUGAUUCAUUUGCCCGUGCAUACCUGCUACCAUACAAACUCCAUUCGGCGCAUUCGGGCAUCCCAGAGUCACAGCGGCAAAUAAUGACGCGGUCACCGGAAUAUGCCUCUCAAUACUUCCCCGAAGCACUGGAUAUCAAGCAGUCGCCGACAAUACUGAUUUGCAGCCAUGGUGGUCGAGAUAUGCGAUGUGGUGUUAUGGGACCCGUGUUGCAUGCCGAAUUCGAGCGUGUGUUGCGACGGAAAGGGUUUACUACGAACGAUGAUAGCUCGGCAGGAAAUAGAAUUGAUGGCCCAACUCAUGCAAACAUUGCAUCUAUCAGUCACGUCGGUGGCCACAAAUAUGCCGGUAAUGUGAUCAUCUACAUCCCGCCUGCCCUUAUGACGACUUCUUCCUCGUUGGGCACCAUUGUAUCGAGUCCAAGCCCGCUGGCCGGCAAGGGGAUAUGGUACGGACGAGUUGAGCCCAAACAUGUGGAAGGUCUCGUCGAGGAGACAAUCUUCAAUGGAAGAGUUGUUGAGGAUCAUUUUCGCGGUGGGAUUGGCAUGGAUGGGGAGAUUUAUAGACUGUAG